UCGCCUGCGGUUUAAGCGCUUGCAAUAAUCAACAGUUAAAAUGCACUUGGUUUUCAUUUCGUAAAGUUUUGCGCACUAGCGAAGACCUGGUGACAACAGGCGUAUCAACAACAUGGCGGUCGUAAACGUAACUUGGGAGCAGUAUACGAGUCUUCAAAAGGGUUUGGAUGACCUUAAAAUUAAUCUGGAUCAGUUCUUCCUCAUUGUGAUGGGCAUGGUAGUGUACUAAAGAGACCACAUUGCUUGUGUCAUUGUGCAAAGACAUUGUGCGAAGUGAUGCAAUGUGGUUUUGCGUUUCUGGAAGCUGGCGCCGUACGGAGCAAGAACUCCACCAACAUUUUGAUCAAGAAUCUUAUGGACUCCUUUGUGGCCGGCAUUGCCUACUGGACAAUAGGGUAUCCCCUGGCGUAUGGUGCGGGCAACAGUUUUAUCGGCUACUCCUACUGGGCGUCUAAAGCUCUGCCGGACACGGAGUUCGCGAGCUUCUUCUUCCAGUACGUCUUCGCCGCCACCGCUGCCACCAUUGUGUCCGGCGCCAUGGCCGAGAGGUGCGAGUUCCUGGCCUACUUCAUCUACAGCUUCUUCAUAACGGGCUUUGUCUACCCUGUGGUGACACACUGGGUGUGGUCACCUGCCGGCUGGCUGGCCGUCGGCGCCACGUACGACAAUGGCACCAUCACCGCCGUCUAUCAAGACUUCGCCGGCAGUGGUGUCGUGCACAUCCUGGGAGGAACUGCUGCCUUCUGCGGGGCUCUCCUGCUUGGGCCAAGACUUGGCCGAUUUCAUCGUGACAAGCGCGGACCAAUCGACCUCCGAGGACAUUCAGUUCCUUUGGCCGCUCUUGGAGGUUUUAUCUUGUUGUUUGGUUUCCUGGCCUUCAAUGGCGGGUCUGCUCUGAAUAUCUCCGGCGAGGGUAGCGGGGCCGUCAUCAGCCUCUCCGUUGUCAACACCAUCAUCUCCGGUUCAAUGUCAGCCUUCGUCUCCCUCUUCAUCCACAAGACUGGAUACUUUGGAACGCGCCACUGGAGCCUCCUAAACACCCUCAAUGGUGCCCUCACAGGCAUGGUCGCAGCAUGCGCUGGGUGUAACGUCUUCUCUCCCUGGGGUGCUCUCGUCGUCGGCUUCUUCGCCGGAAUCUCGUAUAAAAUGUGGUCCAGUCUCGUCGGCAGAAUAAAAGUCGAUGAUCCAUUGGACGCUGUGGCAGUUCACUUCGGGGGCGGUCUGUGGGGUGUGAUUUCUGUAGCGUUUCUUAAAAAGGAUGAGGGCAUUGUUUUUGCCUGGGACAAGAAAUCAGGACUGAAUCUGGCGUGGCAGCUUGCAGGCGUCACGGCCAUCACUGCAUGGACAGCAACACUGUGUCUCGUCAUGUUCGGCAUUCUCCGGCUGCUCGGUAAACUUCGGGUGGACGAGGCUGUCGAACGCAAAGGUCUCGACAUCCAUAAGCACGGCGAACCAGCGUACCCCAUGGAAUCGUAUGGGCACGGUUGGGUGGAGCGCAUCUUAAAGGUCUUGGAGGACGGUAGACUGUCAGAAAUAAAGCAAGUUGUUCCUGGCAUUGACAACGAUGGAUACAAAUAUGAAGAAAAUCAUUCUGUUGGCUUCGACUCACCGGAAGUAGAGGUGAUGAAUAAGGGCAGAAUCAAGAGAACCGAACACCCCCUACCAGUCGUUCAGAGCGGAAAUACCGUGACGACGCCCAUGUAGCGGAGUCAGUCAUUGAAGUUGGUCAACACACUCUGCCAUCAUCUGUAAUUCUAACGCGUAUAAGCUUUGUUUAGUUGGCAGGCAUCGGGUACGUUGAUUUGUAGCAGUCAUCAGCUUGGAUUAUUCUCAUCGAUGAGUCGCUGAUACGGGACAGCUUCUUUAAAAGCUGAUCUAUGCCGAACGUUCAAAAGUGUGAUUUGUUUUCUGGAUUGCCAAAAAACAGAUGGAAUACGGACGCUCUGCUUUACGCUUUGAAGCGUUUUUCUAAUAAUUAACCAUUAA